AGUUCAUUUUAGUUAUCAACCUAAAAAUUAGGAAUAUCCAAAUCUUAGGUGGACCACACCACAGGGAUAAGUGGUGAUUAAACGCCUGAAAUUAAAAACUUCUUGUGGGCCACAAAGUUCUGGAUCAAGUUGGUAUUUGUGUUUUCUCUUCAUUAAUCGAUCAUUUGGAUGCAAAAUAAGCAUUACAGUGGCAGCUAGGAAGUUUCUAAUGGUGGGCGUUCAAUCACCUCUGUUUUCCUAUGGUGCGGUCCACUUGAGAUUUGGAUCUACUCUGUUUUUUACCUCAUGCACUGAAAUAAUAAACCAAAAUGGAUAGACGGUAUAGAUAAAAUAAAUAUUAUAGUGGGCCACCAUCACUUGAAACCCAACCCAACCAGCCACACACAUCACCUCUCCCACGCGUCCCUCGACCCUGACCAACCUCAGAACUUUUACACUUAUAAAUUGAAGAACAUUCGCCUGCUGGAAUACAGAGGAGAAAACUAAUACAAUUUCCAUGGAUUGGGCAUUGGUUAUGUGGUUGUGGGCUUUGGUUUUUGUUCAGUACCAUAGUCAUGGGUGUCUUGGGUGCUUGGACAAGGAGAGGACUUCUCUCUUGGAGAUCAAAGCUUCCAUCAAUUAUCCGAAUGGGUCUUCUCUUCCUACAUGGGAGGAUGGGACUGACUGUUGUAGUUGGGAAAGAGUCAAGUGCAACAAUGGGACAAGCCGAGUGACUGAAAUUUCUCUCGGUUGGACAAGGGAAUACGAGUUGGGAGAAUGGUAUCUAAAUGCCGACUUACUUCUAUCCUUUGGAGAACUGCAGAGCCUCGAUUUGUUCGGGAAUUACCUCACGGGUUGGGUUGAUGAUGAAGGUUUCAAAAGAUGGUCGAAAUUGAGCAAGCUAGAGCACCUUGACCUGAGCUAUAACUCAUUCGAUGAAAGUAUCCUACCAUAUUUGGGUGCACUCUCGUCGCUUAAGAGUCUGUCUCUGAGCGGGAAUUACUUUGGACUUCUAGACAGAGGUAUUGAAGUGGAGUAUUCACCUCCUAUAAUUUCAUAUACAAGUUUUGAAAUGUUGUCCAGAUUGGGCAACCUAGAGCAGCUAGGCCUAAGUUUGAAUCAGUUAAAUAGAAGCAUUCUACCAUAUUUAGGCGCACUCUCCUCCCUCAAGAGCCUUGAUCUAAGUGGGAAUAAUUUGGAAGGAUGCUUGCCCUCAAAAGAAUUGGCCAACUUGAGCAAACUAGAGGUUUUGGAUUUGGGAUAUAAUCAACUCAAUGGUUCCCUAUUUCUGCAAGAUUUGUGCAAUCUGGAGAAUCUCCAAGAACUGGAUCUUCGAAGAAAUGAAUUGGAAGGGAGCCUUCCUCCAUGUCUCAGCAACUUGUCAUCCCUCCAACUACUUGAUCUCUCCGAGAAUAGACUCAGUGGGCAAAUCUCCUCAUCUCUCAUCUCUAGCCUCACAAUGAUCCGGUUCCUUUCUCUCUCUUACAACCGCUUUGAGGGGUCUCUAUCAUUUAGCUCAUUUGCUAAUCUUUCCAAGCUCGAGGUUGUGGAACUUUCGGUACUGAACGGUACACAUGUUGAUGGCGAUGUUAUAACUUAUCCCAAUCAGUUAGAGGUUGAAACUGAAUCCACACCUUGGGUUCCAAAAUUCCAGUUGGAAGUCCUCCACCUAUCAAACUGCAACAUCAACAAGCUCACUGGUACCAUUCCCAGCUUCCUUUCCACCCAAUAUGACUUGAUAUCAUUGGACCUUUCCCACAACAACAUGAAGGGAAACUUCCCAUCUUGGUUGUUAGAGAAUAAUAAAAGACUUAAAAUGCUAGACGUUGGAAGCAACUCCUUAGCUGGCUCAUUCCAUCUGCCACCUCAUUCUAACAACCUGACCGCAUUAUUUCUGGACGUCUCCAGCAACCACAUCUCCGGACAACUUCCUGAAAAUAUCGGUCUCUGCCUUCCAAAUUUAAGAUACUUAAACAUGUCUAUAAAUGCUCUUCAUGGUAGCAUUCCUCUGUCGAUGGGUAACAUGAGUGAAUUGUUUUCUUUAGAUUUGUCGAGAAACAAUUUUUCAGGAGAAAUACCAGAGCAGUUGGCCAUGGGUUGCAUCUCAUUGGAAACUUUGAAGCUAUCAAACAAUAGAUUACAAGGCCCAGUGUUACCAACUCAUUCGAACUUGACUCAGUUACAGUAUCUGUAUUUGGAUGGCAAUGGAUUCACCGGGAGGAUCUCAGCUGGUCUAUUCAAAAGCACGCAUCUAUGGAUUUUGGAUGUUGGUAAAAACAACAUAUCAGGUCGUCUUCCAGCACAGAUUGGGAACUUUUCUGAGUUGAAGUGGCUUUCCAUGCCCGGAAACUAUUUGGAAGGUCCUAUUCCAACUGAGUAUUGCAAACUCUCUCUUCUUUCCUUUUUGGACCUUUCCCAAAAUGGAAUUUUUGGUCCCAUACCUUCAUGCUUCGAUCUAUCUCUGAAAUUCUUACAUUUGCAAGGAAAUGAGCUUACAGGAUUGCUGCCAACUGCUUUAUCCAAAAUUUCCUCCCUUGUUACAUUGGAUGUCAGCGACAACUACUUCUCUCGUAAUAUUCCAAAUUGGAUUGGUACACUUCAAAAUUUAAGGUUUCUUCUCCUCGGAGGAAAUAAUUUGCAAGGUCACAUUCCCAUGCAGUUGUGUCAACUGAAGAACGUCAGCAUAUUAGAUAUUUCACACAAUAAUCUCUCUGGUCCAAUACCACCUUGCUUUGGUAAUAUGACAUUCGGGAGGGCAAGAAUAACUGACUUCUCUACUUUUGUUUUCUAUCCAUGGUCUGCCACUGCCGGUCUAGACAUUGAGCUGCCUGGAUACCGUAUUGAAGUUAGCGUGCCUUUUAUACGUGGACGUAUGACAAAAUCUGAGGAAGAAGUGGAGUUCAUAACAAAGAAGAGGUCUGAAACUUACAAGGGCGAUGUUCUUUACUUGAUGUCCGGUGUAGAUCUGUCAUGGAACCAGUUAACAGGUGAAAUCCCACCUGAAAUUGGAUAUCUAACCGCUACUCAUGCAUUGAACUUGUCCCACAAUCAAUUGAGUGGACCAAUUCCAGAAACCUUCUCAAAUCUAAAACAGAUUGAGAGCUUGGACCUUUCUCACAAUAGAUUGAGUGGGGAGAUUCCUCCUCAACUAACUGAGCUCUACACCUUAUCUACAUUCACAGUGGCAUACAAUAACUUAUCCGGUGUCUUACCGGACAUGAUGAAGGGGCAGUUUAGCACCUUUGGAGAAACCAGCUACGAAGGCAAUCCCCUACUCUGUGGACCACCACUGAAGAGUUGCUUCUCCACUUCUCCGCUACCACCUUCAAUGCCAACAAUGGCAGGUGACAAGGAUGAUGGAAAUGACAUAAUCUUCUAUGCAUGCUUUUCGGUGUCAUGUACUAUGUCGUUCUUGCUUUUCAUAGCACUUCUCUACAUCAACUGCUAUUGGAGAGGUCUAUACUUCUAUUUUGUUGAUGCAUGUAUUGAUUCGUGCUAUUAUUUUGCUUUAGAUAGCUACUAUUUUGCUUUAGACAACCUUCGGAAGGUUUUCACCCGGCCACGUGCAUAACCUUCAAGUCAGAUCAGUUUCUCCCUGUAACUCUUAUUGUAAGACAAUAAUAAUCAUGUUUAUGCAUGGCGUGACUUUUAUUUCAA